GAGGCGGAAUGAACACGACCUUCACAUGCUGAAAAAAAUUCAUUUUAUGCAAAAGAAAAAAAAGAAAAAAAUCCAGUUCGUUUCUACCAUUUUUGUCCUCUCCCUCUCCCACAGCCCCACCUCCUCCGUUGUUUUGCCUUCCCCUCCCCUCUCUCUAUAUCACAGUGCUUUGCUCUGCUCAAAAGGGGCCGAGCUCUGAUUUGAUUCUCUGCUUUUGUCCUUCCUUGAUGCAGGUUGUUUGGACACAAUUGCUUUCUUUUGCUGAUGUCUAAUGUGACAAGUGCUGUUUGUUUCAAUAAUCAUCGUCAGAAGUGAAAAGCGGGACAGUUUUUGUAAAGUCCUGCAGUGAGAGGUGGCAUAUUUGAUAUCCAGAACAUGGAGGACGAGAACGGCCUUGAGCUAAGCUUGGGUCUAGGUUUUGGUGGAUCCUCCUCCAAAUCUAAGAGUAAAAAUGAAAGCUCCCUGGAUAUUAGGAUAGAAGACGAGAUAGCAAACAAACAGAAAGAUGAUUUGAAAGUUCUUGGUGGUAGCUCUCAGAAGCAAGAUUCAAGCGCUGGAUAUCAUUCUCAGAGGAACGAUUCGAUAAAGCCACAGGAGAACUUCUUCCUUGACCUAACAAGUAGAAAUGCUGAUACUGAUGCAUCCAAAAGCCUUGGUGCUAGGGGUCUUUGGGCAGGAUCUAGUAAUAAUAGAUACACAGAAAUUGAAGAGGAGAAAAGGAGUGAAGGGAUUGCUAACAAACGUAAACUAGAUUUUGAGGACAUAAGCGCUCAGAAGAAGCCAGAUAGAGAUGCUAACCGGAUAGAUUUUCAUGACAAGAGAACAUCUCAUGUUUCUCUAACGGAAGAAGGAUCCACUGCUGAAAAUGAAGAUGUUGCAGAUUCGGAAGUAGAAGGUUCGACCUCGAGGUUUAUUGAUGAGGGCUCCAAGCAGCGGUUUGUUGGAGUUGGUGGUCCGGAGGCUCCAAAGGAGUUUCAAAGGUUUCCUGAUGCAAGUAUGAUGGAGUUGCAUGGUCAAAUAAGGCCUGCUGGUUUGCCGGAAAAUGGAUUUAAACACGGGAUGAAUUUUGGGGUCCCAUUUUCGGUCCAACCAGCAAACAUCAUGAGCAUGUCCUAUCAAUAUCCAGUGGAAGAUUCCAACCCAGUUGGUGCAAGCAUGACGCCGGUAGUUUCUACUUCAAAUGGUGACCAGCGAAUGGCGGUCCACAAAGUGAAUCCAGGUACUUCAUCAAUAGCUUUCGGCUACUCACCUGUCCAACUUCCAACUCUGGACAAAGAUAAUUCGUGGGGCCUGAUUUCUCAGCAUCAACACUUCCAGCCUCCUUAUGGAGCCAAACCACCUGCAACCUUGGAUAAUAAAAAUCAUGAAGGACUCAGAAUUUCUCAAGCCAUGCAAAUAAUUGGUCGAAACUCCUCCGAGGCUGCACCAUAUGAUGCAAGAGUGUUUGAUCGGCCCAAAGCUGAUGGUGGCAAACAACAUGGUGCAGAACAAGAAGGCUCUUCCUCUCAGGCCGAAGAUGAAGGAAAGAGCAGCAGCAAAACAAACCGUCGAGCAGCACCAGAAGACGGGUUGUCUCACGACUUCUCGGCCAUAAAGCCGGGAAUUUCUCCCGAGGUCAAGUUUGGAGGCUCCGGAUCCUACCCAAACCUGCCGUGGGUUUCCACCAAGGCUCCAGGCCCAAAUGGUCGGACGAUAUCAGGCGUGACUUACAGGUUUAGCCCCAGCCAGAUAAGGAUCGUUUGCGCUUGCCACGGUACACACAUGUCCCCCGAGGAAUUCAUCCGGCAUGCAAGCGACGAGAACGCCUCCACGGGAGAAGGUAACAACGGUGGGUUAGCGGCAGCAUUUCCAGGUUAUGGCAAAUGGCUUGAGCAGGAGAAGACGGGAUCCGCCAUAACCAUGCUGGUGGUGAUUUGGACUGUUCUUCGAGCUUGAAUUGAAUGUUGAAAUCAACGGUAUAGAUUAUAAGAGGAAGCCUGCUUUGAUAUACACUCUUUUAAUUGAUGGCC